GGAAACAGAGACAGACAGACAGACAGACAGACAGAGACACAGGUACAGCCGGGACAGAGAGCACACUGCGCCUCUCCACUGCGCCUCCACUGCGCCUCUCCGCCGGCGGACCAGUCGGUAUCCACACUGCACGCACGGUGUCUCAGCAGCCGUGCGCGCGUCUGGGUGUUUACAAGUGUUUGAACGAGUGCCACAAACGAGGGAAGGACGAGACUGCCAAGGAAGGAAGGAAAGAAGGAAGGAAGGAGGGAUGGUGGACAACUCGAGCAGUAGUAAGGCACAAAUGCCCAGCAUGUCUCAGGAGCCUGGUGUGGCCUUUCCUCAGAGCACCUCUACAGGGGGGAUGAAGCUAGAGGCAGUAAUGGAGCAGCUCCAGCGCCAGCAGCAGGCUCGACUUGAAAUGGAGCGCAAGGAGAGGAAGCUGCGAGAGGCCCACAUCAUGUAUGCUCAGCAGGUCGCUGCCCAGCAAGCCAUCCUGGCGGCCGCCCGGGCAUCCGGGGCCAGCUUCAUGGGCAAAGGUCUGGUCGGCAUGGUCCCUGGUGGCGGGUUGCUUCCCAGGGUCUCCAAUCAAAGCAGCGUCGACUCGGAACGGGAGGAUGACGAGGACAGAGGACGGGAUUCUGGCGACGAGGACGACGACAAUGAGAUGAUGGAGGGGGACGAGGGCAGCGAUGAGGACGAGGGAAGCGCCAGCGGUCUGGAGUUCCUCCGCAAGCAGACCCUCGCUUUGCAGCAGAGUGCAUCCCGCAUCCAGGCCCGUCCGUUUGGCAGUUACUCCGCGUCAGCCCCCCAGAGGGCUGCGUCCCCGCCCAUCAGAGUGAAGCAGGAACCCGACGAGGGCCUGUCUCCUGCGGGGCCUCACUCUGCUACCUCUCCUAACGGACAGGCCGACUGGGGCUUUGAUGACCAAUUCAGACAGAACGGGAGUGCAGGCUGGGCGGAUGAGGCUGACGGUAGCAGAGGAAGAGGAGAGGCCUCCAGAGACUUUGCUAAGCUGUAUGAACUGGACAAUGAUCCCAAAAGGAAGGAGUUUUUGGAUGACCUCUUCACCUUCAUGCAGAAAAGAGGAACCCCAGUCAAUCGUAUCCCCAUCAUGGCCAAGCAGGUCCUGGAUCUGUACAUGCUGUACAAGCUGGUGACUGAGAAGGGAGGCCUGGUGGAGGUCAUCAACAAGAAGAUCUGGAGAGAAAUCACAAAGGGACUCAACCUGCCUACCUCCAUCACCAGCGCCGCUUUCACCCUGCGCACACAGUACAUGAAAUACCUGUACCCGUUUGAGUGCGAGAGGAAAGGCCUCAGCUCCCCCGGUGAGCUCCAAGCCGCCAUCGACAGUAACCGACGCGAGGGCCGUCGUCCCAGCUACAGCAGCAGCCUCUUCCGCUUCUCUCCCUCUCCCAGCACGGCUCCCCACAUCCUCUCGCCUCCCAAGAUGCACCUUUCGGCUCUUGGGGCUGGGGCCUCGGGGGCCCUCAACGGCCUGCAUGCCUUACCGGGACACUCUUUGAAGAAAGAUGACAUGAUCCCGUCCAUCAUGGCGAGACCCUCCAUGGCGCUGGCCCUGGGCCACCAACAGGUGGCAAGAGCCGCCACUCUGGAGCAGCUCAGAGAGAAGCUGGAGACCGGAGGCGAGGGGCCAGAGAGGAAGAUGGCCCGCCUGGCGGAGGAGCAGCAGCGCCUGAUGCAGCAGGCUUUCCAACACAACCUGCUGGCCAUGGCUUCCCAAAUGCCCAUGAACCUGCGCCUGGGAGCCCCCACCAUCACCACCCGAGAUGAGAAGCAGCAGGACAUGUCUCUGAGCAUCUCAACCAAUGGAAAUGCCAGCAUCACUGUCUCAGUGGAAGUCAAUGGCACCAUCUACUCAGGAACCCUGUUUGCCCAGAAGUCUGGUGGGGCCCCGGGGCCCGCUGUGUCGGCAGCUGCUGCUGCCUCAGCCUCCCCUGCUGGAGCCAGCACUAGCUUUGGCUUCUCUGCACCUAUGGCUCAGACCCUCAGCCCCACGUCCUCCUCCUCCUCCAAGGGACCCGGCUCCGCCGAGCCGGCCCCCAGUGGUUCCCCUUAACUCGGGGCAGCCCUUUGUACCUGCUCCCCAAGGCCUCUCUUCCAGCGGGAGGCCCAGCAAGAAUAUACAGUACAAUGAGAAACAGAUAAGAAUAACGAACUGUUGCACAACAAAUACCUCAUCAACCCUGUCAACCUCUUGGCUGUCCAAUCAUGAACACAGAGCUCAAGAAUAUUCUAUGACAGCACGUGCCCAAACGCACAGCUAUGCAUUUUACUGAACACACAAACACAUACACGCACUACACUACAAACACACACUAUUCUACACACGCACACACACACACACACACACACACUCACACAAUCUACACACACGUGUUAAUCCUAAUGUACAUGCUAAACACAAUCAGCUCAGCCAAAACCCACUGACAGGUGUAGUCACAACUGAACUUGAAAAGAUUUAUCUUAGAACAUUUUGUUUGUUUGUUGCCAUUUUGUCUUUUUUUUUUUUUUUUUUUUUUUUUGAUUUUGUGUUUUUAGGAUGAGUUUUGUUUUUAGUUUUCUCUUUUUACAUACCUCAAAUCAAGUAACCUGCAGUGGUGUCUUUACCUCAGGAGCUGUAGUAUAUUUAACCUGAAUCAACUUUAUUUUUAUAUUCUUUUUUUUUUUUCGACCUAGUUGCAAUCAGGGGAAGUCGGGUAACUCUCGCCAGUGGAACCUCGCUUACAGAGCACCCACCUCGUAGUGUCAGGCCUCCCAACCCGGGCUGCUCGUGUUUCUUCAACACACUGUAGACUCAACUCAAAAAGGUGAACGAUCAGAUGCUGUGGAUCAGCACGUAACAAACCUAGUUUCAGAUCUCGAUCAUGUCGAGUCCAUGAUAUAGGUGGGAAGGUUCAUAAUGUACGUAAACCUCCCAAUGUGGACUGUAAACUCUCACACUAGCAAUGCACAGGAAUUUUAUGUCCAUCUUAAAAUUCAGCUCAUUGCAGAACAGCACAAACUGUCCUUACAAACAGGUAGCGCACAAAGUCGGGGGAACAGCAACUCUAAUCAACCCGCAGCAGGCCGAUCAGACCCUGAGCUCGUUUCUCCAGCCGGCUCCUGUCUAUAUUACUGAGAGGUAGUUCAGAAUCAGGUGUGAGCUUGUUGUUGCCUCCCCCCUCCCU